AUGCUUGGAGCAGCACCCAGUAUUCAAACCAAAUAUAUUUUUGGGCAAAAAGCUGACACAAACGGAAGCGUUUUUCACAUUGACGAGCAGAAAAUCAUCUAUACAGCUGGCCACAACGUUGUCAUUUACAACACAGAAGAUAAACUGAUGCAGUUCUUCCCAGGCCUUGAUAUUUCUCUUGGCAUAACUUCAAUUGCAUUAAGUCCUUUGCGCCGCCAUUUAGCAGUUGCAGAGCGAGCAGAGCCAGCAGUUGUAAUAGUCUAUGACACUCAUACACAGCGUAAAAAACGUAUGAUGAGCACUCCGGACUGUUUGAGCAACGAGUAUGUGAGCAUGGCUUUUGCUCCAGGCCAAGAAAACAAAUAUUUAAUUACGAUGGGAGGAGCUCCUGACUGAAUGCUCGUAUAUUGGCAAUGGGAAAGACCAAGAGUCCUAACAUUUAUUCAAGUCUCCUCUGGAAAUCCUGUGUACCAGAUCAGCUUCAAUCUGCUUGAUCAUAAUAACGGAAUUAUCGUAACUGGCCAAGAUGUCUUUCGAUGGUAUAAGAUACAAGAAAACGUGUUUAAACCCCAAGCUACAGAUAUACACAGCAAGCCAGAAAUGCUAGGAACCAAUUACCUGUGCCACGCAUGGCUAAAAGAUGGGAGACUUGUUGUCGGCAAUGAAACAGGGGAAAUUUUAAUUUUAGAUGCCAAUUGUGAAUACUUAGGCUAUAUCAAAAUUGCCCUUGAAGGAUUCGAAGUCACGAGCAUUCUCUACAGCGAGCGUGGCUUUGUAGUAGGCGGCACAAAAGGGAGAAUUUUAAUUUUCGACUCACUUGGUGAUGAAAGAAAGCCUGACUACAAGCAGCGACCAAGAAUAAUCCAAACAGAGAAAAAGACCAACGCCAAAGUAAAAGGCAUGAGCUUGUCUUUCCAGACAGAAGAAUUCUUGGUGAUUACUCUAGACAAUUCCCAAAUUUAUUCAAUUGAAUUCAAUUCACUUAAUGAAGAAGCUGAUUAUUUAAGCCAGCCUUUCCACUCAGGUGCUAUUACUGGGAUGGACGUGUGUGUUAGGAAACCUCUUGUAGUCACUUGCGGAACUGAUAAUUAUGUAAGAAUUUGGAAUUAUUUAGAAAGAACUUUAGAAGUUUAUGCGCAUUAUGCAGAAGAGCCAUUCAGUGUAGCUUUCCACCCUAGUGGGUUUCAUAUCGUUGUGGGAUUUGCAGAUAAGCUUAGAAUGAUGAUCGUGUUUCAUAAUUAUAUCAAGCCAUAUCAAGAUAUUUCAAUCCGCGCAUGUGCUGAAGUCAGGUUUAGCAAUGGUGGUCACUUAUUUGCAGCAACUAAUGGAAGCUAUAUAAAAGUGUACAAUUUUUAUAUGCUUUUUUCCCUUGAAUUACCUAAUCUCAUAUGAGUAAAACAAUUGUUAGCUAUUUCAAAGCAAUUAUUAUACUGGAGAAAAUCCACCAAACAUGGAAUUUAAAGGCCAUUCAGGUAAAGUAAGGUCGAUUGCCUGGAAUGAAGAUGAUACCAGCUUUGUCAGUGCAGGGAUGGACGGAACUGUCUACGAAUGGAAAAUAAACCCAAAAAAUGGAGUUACCCACCCAAACCACCAAAAAGGUGUCAACUAUUCCAGUGUAAUUAUGACUUCCGAAUCCUCAACUGGAGAAGGAAAAUCAAUAUAUGCAGUUGGAAAUGAUAAGUAUUUAAAAGAAAUCUGUGAAGGCAACGAAAUUCGGAGGCUCGAAACAAGGUCUAUAAUUGGACAAAUCGCCUUAACUCACUCAGGAAAGCUUCUUUUUGCAGGAGUUAAUGACCCUACUAAGACAGGAGCUGUAUGGUGCUACAAAUUUUCACCUUUGACAGGAGACUAUACAGAAUAUCAGGCCCAUUCUUCAGGAAUUGAAAGGAUAAGAGUUUCCCAUGAUGACUGCUUUUUGUUCACUGCUGGACAAGAUGGCUGUCUUAUUAUAUGGGAAAUCAAAGAUAAAGAUAUUCGAGCACUUAGAAGAGAAAAAGAGGCAUUAGGACUGCCAUAUGCUGAAGAAGUUCUUAUGACCAAGGUAGACAUUGAUGACUUAAACCAGCAAAUAGAGUCCUUGAGAACUCAAAAUCGUGACAUGGUGACCAACUCAAAAAUGCAGUAUGAGCUGAAUUUACAAGACAGGGCUGAUUUAAUAGAAAAAUUAAGAGAGCAGCUUGUGAAUGAUGCCCAGCAAGACAAAAACCGCUAUGAUUCUUUAGCAGAAAGCAAGAGAGAAAUGGAGCAGCAAUACGAUGAAAGAAUUAGAGGGAUAAAAGAGCAAUAUGAACUUGAACGUCAAGAGCUUGAAACAAAGCAGCAACAAGAUUUCAUGCUGGAAGUUGGCAGAUAUCAAGAGCUGUCCCGUGAUAAAGACAUGGAAACCAAAGCAGCAGAAGAAGCUAUCAGAAAUCUUGAAAAAAGACACCAUGAAGAGCUCAAUCAUCAAAAAGAUGACUUUGAACAACAACUUAAAGAAGAUUAGAAUAAAUUAAAAUUCUAGAGGUCUUCAGGGAUUAUUUCAGCUCCUCACCAUCUUAUGGAUAGCUAAGUGCUAUCCUCGCACGCUGCCCUUUUACUCCUGACGUAGCCAAAAAAGUCAACGUUUAAGGUAAGGUAUGUCGGGAUCGCCUUACCCGUCUUCUAGGUUUCGCCAAACAAAAAGACUCCUCCACCAUCUGAGAGGGUUCGGAGCAUGGGUGAACGUCUUUUCCUUCUCCAUGGCUUUCUUAUCUAUAUUUCAGGCUCGGUAAUACUCCCAUGGAGUGAUGAAGGGCAUUCCCGGUUGGAACGCCUGCAAACUAGGAAAAAGGUGAGGAUCAGCCCCUGGACCAAAAAAACCCACCCCGGAGAACUACUGUAAUGUUUUAUUCUCCUAACCUCACAGAUCACCAGAGUUCACUCUAGAUCACGCCAUUUUAAUAAUUCUCACUUAAAGAAGAAGACAUUGAAGUCAAACGACUGGAUAGAGAAAAUGAAGAAUUAAGGAAAAGACAUCAAUACAUACUCAAGCAACUUCAAGAAGAAGAUAAGCAAGAAGUAACUGAACUUAGAAUGCAAAAUGAAGCAGAUACUAAACAGAUUAAAGAAGAAAGCCUUAAGGCUAAAGGAAAACUUUCUAUGGCAAAACGAAAAGAAACCAUGCUGCAGGCAGAAAAAGACCGCCUUGAAGACGAAAUUAAAGCGAAAAGAGAAGAAAAAGACCACCAAGAUAAGCAGAUAAACCAGCAAAGAGAGCAGUUAAAUAAGAUGAAAAACAUCAUUGCAGAUAAAGAAAAAGAAAUAGGUGAGCGUGAGAAGAAAAUCUAUGAGCUCAAGCAGAAUAACCAGAAUUUAGAAAAAUUCAAAUUUGUGCUUGAUUAUAAAAUCCGAGAACUUAAACAAGAAAUCGGUCCAAGAGAAAAAGAAAUCGCAGAAAUGAAAGAGCAAACCAGCGAUAUGGACAAAAGAUUGAAGUUCUUAAGUGGGCUCAACGAAAGCUUGGGAGGUUUCAUGGACGAAUUAUGCCAAACUCAAGACAACAUGCAGCACGAAAUCAGUGAGCAGCGAGACCGAAUCAGAAAAAGUCAAAACAAAAUCAAAGCAAUCCGCGACGGAAUCUAUGACUGCGCACAAAAUAUUCAGGAUUUCAGAAAGCUUAAAGAGUCCAUACUAAAACUCUUCAGCAAAUAUGUAAAAACUGAAGGAAGAGGACAGGAACCUGACACUGAAAAAGAGUUUGCCAGGCAAUGCGAAUAUUUACAGAACAGCAUUGACUCUUUGAGGAAAAAACUUAAAGAAGUCACAGAAAAGCAUCAGCAAGAAAACAUGAAAAUGAUGAAGGUCAACGCAGAACUCAUUGAAGAAAUUUAUAAGCUGAGAGAAGAAAGGAAAAAGUUAUCAGGAGUUAAGAGGCAGUAUGAACUUUUAACUCAAAAAACACAGCCUAGGAGGUCUUCAAAAGAAGAGGAAAAUAUCAAAAUAAUGGAAAAACAAAAAGAGGAAAUAAGAGAAUUAAGAAAGAAAAUUCAGGAAAUUGAAAGUGGGAGGCCUCAGUCGCAGGGGAGAUUGCCACCAUUAGAAAACCCAUCAUGGGCUCAAGACUAA